AUGCACGAGGUUACUACUCAUCCUGCAAAGAAUAUCUUGUGCCAUCGUUGCAAUCGGGGCUUUUCUCGGCAAGAACACCUUCAGCGUCAUGAGCGAUCACAUACGAAAGAAAAACCGUUCAAGUGUUCUCGAUGCCCAAAAUCAUUUACAAGAAAGGAUUUACUCACUCGGCAUUCUCGUCUUACACAUCCAGCAGCACCUCAAAAUGUUCAGCCCCGCCUGGAAGAAGAUCUAUCGAGUGCAUCAACUCUGGUAGCCUAUACAGACAUUUCGCCUCAGGGUCUAUUACACUCUGCGGAGCAGUAUGCACAUUCUCAAGAGCUAGCUACAACUCUUGCCGUACACUCCGAAGAAGGAAACCAGUUCCAACCCGAUGAAGCGCACCGAAAAUCAGUAGAAGACUGCUCUCUGGCUUUCGACGUCGACAACAGCCUUACAGAGAUCAAUGCCCCAGCAUUUGCACAAGACUUUGCAUCAUUUAUUGAUAUGGUGCGAACACCUGGUCAUCCUUUUUCUCCGGCAUAUCAACCUCUACCGGUCUUUUUUCCUGAUCUGAAUCUACCAUUGCUCAAUAGUUUUGAAGAUCAGCGUGUCCCUGAAGACGUAGAAGGAAUUUCUGCUUCUGCAAGAGUCGCAGCCACUCAGCGAGUCCCAACCUAUCAGGUUGGAGAGACAGGCUGCUCCUUGUCUCGGUAUGGAUCUAGACUUCCCUCUCUACAACCCGAAGAGACGUCUCAACAGGCUGGGCAACAUUCUGUCAAUCAUACUACCGGCCGUUUCGUCGUUACCAAUGAACUUCGUCAACAAAUUAUCGAAGACAUUUCCAAGUUUCCGGGUUGUUUUGACGCGGAAUUUGUUCUUCCUUCUAGACAUACCCUGACGCGUUUGGUUAACGGAUACUUUAAAAAUUUCCACGAGCACUACCCGUUUCUACACCUGCCUACUCUUCGCUUAGAGACGCUGCUUGUGGAAUUACUGCUAGCUCUAGCUGCACUUGGUGCACGGUAUACAAGAGAGACAGAGGUUGGGGCUGAACUGUUCCAUGUGGCUAGGGCCAUAGCGCUCGAGCGCUGCCAACGGUGCAACACCAGUGCCGAAGGCAAUGUGUAUCGAGAGGAACAAGAAUGGCGAGGUUCAUUCACCCCCGAUAGCAGUAACCCGAGUUCGCCUAAAAAUCGGAAAACAAUGUUCGUGGAAAUGACCCAGACCGUCCUGAUGCUCAUCGCAAUAGCCACAUGGUACAAAUAUGAACCAGGGGCGACCAAUGCGCUCUCAUUGCGCAGCGUACUGCAUUCUCUUGUUCGAGAGCUGGAAGUUACACAGCAGUCGGAUCAGCACUUGGAUGACUGGGAAGCUUGGAUCCAAUUUGAGACAAUUAAAAGAACGCAGCUGGUUGUUUUCUGCUUCUUCAAUAUCCACACGAUUCUUUUCGAUCUUCCACCAAUGCAGUUGGCCAGCGCGAUACGCCUGGAUCUCCCCUGCUCAGAAACUGUGUGGAGAGCUACCGAUGAACAGUUGUGGCGUGACGCCCGCAGAACGUCCAACAUCCCCCGUGAGGACUUCCAGGGAGUGCUUGCGGAACUUUUCGCCAACGGCGACCAGUCUUUUGAUGCUAGCUCACAGGCUCCUCGGAAUCUCUCCGCAUUAGGCGGAUACGGCAUCAUCCACGCCAUCAUUCAGCAGAUUUGGCUCACUCGAAACGCCCGCUUACCCAGCCAACAACGAUACUCCAGACUUUCCGCUGAAGAUAUGAAUAUGUUUGAGUCUGCUUUGAAACGAUGGGCAAGGUACUGGGAGCGGAAUCAAGAGUCCUCUUUAAACCCACUCAGCCCUCAUGGCCCUGUUACUUUCACGUCUACAGCUUUACUGCGGCUGGCAUAUAUUCGCCUCAACUUAAAUCUUGGUCCUGUUAGGUGUCUUGAUAGCUGGGAUCCAGCUUUAGUGGCUCGAUCGAUACAUCAAAGCCAGGGAGUUGAGAGACACCCCCAGCUAACUCGAGCGGCUCUGCAUUGCGCCCAUGCCCUAAGCAUCCCCGUGAAGCUUGGAAUUAACUAUGUCGCAACGACCCAGCUUAUUAACUGGUCAAACCAACACGCGCUAUGCUCGCUCGAAUGCGCAAUUCUUGUGGCAAAAUGGCUUGAAUUGAUAACCAAACCAGACCCUAGCCCACCUUUAACGGCCGCCGAACAGGUGGUCCUCAAGUUUGUCAUUGAGCUAGUGGCUGAAACUGAGUAUAAACGCACUGUUGAGCAAAUAGCCCAUAAGAAACAAUAUUUAGCUGCUAAGAUUGUGAGGCUAUGGGCGAGGCUUCAUCGGGCUGAUAGCGUGUGGCAGGUGGUCAACGUAAUUGGGGAAUCUCUGAACAUAUAUGCAGAUCUACUAGAGCCAUAA